GCAUCGAAGUUGUCAACUGGCACACCAGAAGACGACUUUAUGCGUCCACUUCCGUACUUGAUAUCCCCUGGUCUGGAAGCGAUUUAUGCCCCUGCAGAGUUUGGGAAAGCCUCUAGCUACUAGUACGGGGUCAACCUGUUCAUCGUGAAUGUUAAUGGGAUACUACGCACUCAGCGUGCGCUUGGGCCACCCACCUAGUUAUCUCGGAUGGUGGCAGUCUACGUUGGGACGUGACGUCAGAAGGCGGGGUCUGGUUGGUGUCAAGAGGUGUCAACGCCCGACGUCAUCUCUCCGCAUUCAUAUAAUCCUCAAUGUAAUGCACAUUUAUUGCAGCACUUCUUCUCAUUCCUUUCACCGCCCACAAUGCUCAGAACUGCAUUCGCUUCCAACUCCCGCCUCGUCUUCGUCUCUAGGUCCCGCGCGUUCCAUCCAUCACCACUCGCGGCCGAGAAGGUGACGGAGAGGGUCAAGGAGGUGGUUGAAAAGGUCGACAAGACGUUAGGAAAGAAGCUAGCAGAAGGAAUCGAGAAAACCGAGCAUCUCAGAGAGAAGACAAAGGACGUGAUGGGCAAAACACAUGAGAAGACAAAGGAGACUGCGGCACAGGCAAGUCAGAAAGCUAACCAGACUGCUGCGGGUGCACGGGAAGGCAAGGAAGACGUCGAAAAGGAAUUCCGCAAGUAAUCUUCUCGUAUUCAGUCACUGUGAUUAUCGGGACACUCUUAAUCGUUUACCUUGUAUUUGAUAUCAGCUCACUGUAGCAUACUGUAACUUCAUGUAUUCACUCACCGGAACCUUUACUGUGG